AUGGCAUACCACAGCCAGGGAGAUGGCUACGAGGGCCACCCGAUGCAGGAUCUCCCGGCGCAUCACGGCCAGCACGAAGAUGACUCGCAUGCCGCGCUCCUCAACCAGAAUCAGGCGUACGACCAGGACCGCCUGGGCGCCCACACCCCGCCGGUGCGCCCCGUGUCGGCGUAUAGCCUGACAGAGUCGUACGCUCCGGGCGCCCAACUAACACGGCCCGGCAUCGGUGCCACAUCCACCCCUCCCCCCCACGGCGGCACAGAGUAUGGCGGCGCGUCGGGCUACUACCCGCCGCAGUUCUCGGCCGAUCCGGCAUACAGAAUGUCCUCGGUGGACUCGGACGAGAGCUGGGUCCGCCGGCAGCAGCCCAACGUCGCGCCCACCGGCGGUCUCAAGCGCUACGCCACCAGAAAGGUCAAGCUCGUCCAGGGCUCCGUCUUGAGCAUCGACUACCCCGUCCCCAGCGCUAUCCGGAAUGCCGUGCAGCCCCGGUACCGCGACGAGGAGGGCAACAACGAGGAGUUCUUGAAGAUGCGCUACACGGCGGCCACCUGCGACCCUAACGACUUCACUCUCAAGAACGGCUACGACCUGCGCCCGCGCAUGUACAACCGGCAUACCGAGCUCCUCAUCGCCAUCACCUACUACAACGAAGACAAGGUCCUGCUGGCGAGAACACUGCACAGCGUCAUGCAGAACAUCAGGGAUAUUGUGAACCUCAAGAAGUCGUCGUUCUGGAACCGCGGCGGCCCGGCAUGGCAAAAGAUCGUCGUCUGCUUGGUCUUCGACGGUAUCGAGAAGGCGGACAAGAACGUGCUCGAUGUGUUGGCCACCAUCGGCGUCUACCAGGACGGCGUGGUCAAGAAGGACGUCGACGGCAAGGAGACGGUCGCCCACAUCUUCGAGUACACCACGCAGCUCUCCGUCACGCCCAACCAGCAGCUCAUCCGCCCGGUCGACGACGGGCCGAACACGCUGCCCCCCGUCCAGUUCAUCUUCUGCCUGAAGCAGCGGAACAGCAAGAAGAUCAACUCGCAUCGCUGGCUGUUCAACGCUUUCGGCCGGAUCCUGAACCCCGAGGUCUGCAUCCUGCUCGACGCCGGCACGAAGCCGAGCCCCAAGUCUCUGCUCGCCCUCUGGGAGGGCUUCUACAACGACAAGGAUCUCGGCGGCGCCUGCGGUGAGAUCCACGCCAUGUUGGGCAAGGGCGGCAAGAAGCUGCUCAACCCGCUGGUGGCGGUGCAGAACUUUGAGUACAAGAUCUCCAACAUCCUGGACAAGCCGCUCGAGAGCGCCUUCGGCUACGUCAGCGUCUUGCCGGGCGCCUUCUCGGCGUACCGGUUCCGGGCCAUCAUGGGCCGUCCCCUGGAGCAGUACUUCCACGGCGACCACACGCUCUCCAAGAUCCUGGGCAAGAAGGGUAUCGAGGGCAUGAACAUCUUCAAGAAGAACAUGUUCUUAGCCGAGGACCGUAUCCUCUGCUUCGAGCUAGUCGCCAAGGCGGGCCAGAAGUGGCACCUGAGCUACAUCAAGGCGGCCAAGGGCGAGACCGACGUGCCCGAGGGCGCGCCCGAGUUCAUCAGCCAGCGCCGUCGCUGGCUGAACGGCUCGUUCGCCGCCAGCUUGUACUCGCUGAUGCACUUUGGGCGCAUGUACAAGAGCGGCCACAACAUCGUCCGCAUGUUCUUCUUCCACAUCCAGCUCAUCUACAACAUCCUCAACGUCAUCUUCACCUGGUUCUCCCUGUCCUCGUACUGGCUCACGACGAGCGUCAUCAUGGACCUCGUCGGCACCCCGGUCCCCGCCUCGGAAACGUCGUCGGAACACCACGCCUGGCCGUUUGGCGACUCGGCCACGCCCUUCAUCAACGCGGUCCUCAAGUACAUCUAUCUGGCAUUCGUCAUCCUGCAGUUCAUCCUGGCGCUCGGUAACCGGCCCAAGGGCUCCAAGUGGACCUACAUCACCUCGUACAUUGUCUUUGCCAUCAUCCAGGGCUACAUCAUCGUCCUCUCGGCGUACCUGGUGGCCCAGGCGUUCAAGACGCCGUUGAGCGAGCAGAUCCAGGUGGACAGCGCCGAGAACGCGCUCAAGUCGCUGUUUGGCGGCACGGGCGCGGCCGGCGUCAUCCUGGUCGCCCUCAUCACCAUCUACGGCCUCUACUUCCUGGCCUCCUUCAUGUACCUGGAUCCGUGGCACAUGUUCCACUCGUACCCGCACUACAUGCUGCUCAUGUCGACCUACAUCAACAUCCUGAUGGUGUACGCCUUCAACAACUGGCACGACGUGUCGUGGGGUACCAAGGGAGCCGACAAGAACGACGCGCUCCCGUCGGCGCAGGUCAGCAAGGGCGAGAAGGACGAGGUGGUUGUGGAGGAGAUCGACAAGCCUCAGGAAGAUAUCGACCAGAUGUUCGAGCAGACGGUCCGCCGCGCCCUCGCGCCCUUCAAGGAGGAGGAGAAGCCCGAGCCCAAGGACCUCGAGGAUUCGUACAAGUCCUUCCGGACCAUGCUCGUCGUCUCCUGGCUCUUCUCGAACUGUCUGCUCGCGGUCGUCAUCACCAGCGACAACUUUAACUCGUUCGGCAUCGGGCAUUCCGCGACCAAGCGCACCGCCUGGUUCUUCAAGUUCCUGCUGUUCGCCACGGCCGCCCUCUCGAUCGUCCGCUUCAUCGGCUUCCUGUGGUUCCUCGGCCGUACCGGUAUCAUGUGCUGCUUCGCCCGCCGUUAAGCGCACGCGGGCGCGAGGCCAUAUCAAGCAAAAUAUGCAGGCGCCCCUCCUCCCUUGUCUCUCGGCAACCGUUGGCCGGUCGGUGCUGUGUUGAUCAGGAGACCGGGCAUGGGAUCGAGAGAGGAAAGAGAGAAAGAGAGAAGUCUUUUACGGUCCGCGGGCGAGCUCUCUCCAAAAUUCUUCAUUACAGUAUUUUUAUUCUGCCGUGUUGGGAUAUUGUCUUGCGUGCGUGUGCGAGAGAGAAAUUCAAAAAAAGAUAUCUGGGCAUCUACUUUUGGGGGGGGCGUUGUUCUUUUCAGCUCGUCUGCCGUUGGCUCUGAUGUUGGGGGUAAAUGCCUGUUUUGCUACUCUGUAGAUGAAGCCUUUGGAUCAGUAAUGAAGAUCGGAUAAUUUUGACUGAUAUCAAAGGCUGUUUGGUAGAGUAGGUGCGGCACGCAGGAACGUGCAGGCGCCAACUACUUGUACGCAGUUAAGUACGCAGUAGUUAACUGCAAGCAAAGGUCUGCUGCACCUUUGUUCUCGAAUACGAUUGCUGAUGCCAAACCU